AUGCGGAACUUGAUUCUCGAAAAGCUCACUGUGCUCAGAGUGCAGAACGAUCAUUUGAUCCAGCAGAAUAUGAUCAUGAUCCACCAAAACCAGGUCAUGAUCAAUAACAACAUGACUGUCGUCGAAACCCUCAAGAGCAUGACCAGUCCCGCUACAAGCACCCCUGACAAACCCGACACGCCUGUCAAUGACACCGAGGGCAAGGGCAAGGAGCUGCCCUCCAAGGCUGACAACAAUCACUGA